AUGAGAAGUACGAGCUAUUCUUGUCUGUUCUACACAGUGCGGAUUUCUUUGUUCCUUGGAAGAGGGUCCCUUGUGUCAAAUCCAUCUAUCUUCCCAAGCACUUGCAAAAUAUGUGGGAGCACCAUGAAUGUUUGUUUUAUGAAGCUAGGCUAUCCAAAAGAUGGGAUAAGUACAAUACCUUCAAAAAAAUUCUUCCCCCAUCUCAAAAAGUACAAUAUCUAUCUGGAGAAGAAAAUUAUUGAGUACGGGAAUGACAUACAGCGUAUUGGUUGCUUGCGGAAAGGGAAUAUCAUAGCAACAUCUCCCAUGGAUAAAGCCAACCUGAAGAUGAUGGGAGAACCCCUGAUUUCGUCUUUCCUAAUGUUGAACCUAUGCAAGACUUUCCUCGCUUCAGCGUUUCUGCAUUGUACUGAUCAUGAAGUGGCCCGCAUCUUUCUUCGCUAUCCCAGAUUUCGAGCCCUUCAUAAUUGUGCAAAAAACGGCUCCAGUUAUUUGUGGACCGCUUGCAUAUCUCUUCAUCAAUCGCUAACCCAAGGUGAGGUCCCGUCUCGGUGGAAACAUUCCUUUGUUACACCCAUUUUGGAGAAGGAGCCUUCAUGCAGUCCCGAAAACUAUCCAUGUUUUGCAGGCUCUUUGAGAAAGUACUGA